CGUCGUCCUGGCUAAGCAGUACCCAAAAUGAACAAGUUAGCUUCCCUGUUUGUGAUAUCAGCAUGCUUUGCUACAGCCCACGCCCUCGGGUGCUAUUUGUGUUCUUAUGACAGUGUGCCAGGCAGAUCACUAAUUUCAGAGGAGUGGUGCAAUGACCCCUUCAACGUGUCCGACGUCUCCGGAUUUUGUGCCGUGUCCAGUGCAGGCUCCAUUCCUGCAGACUGUGUGAAAGAAAUUCACUACGCUGAUGAAAGGAAAAAAAUAGUGAAAAUCAGCCGGUUCUGCGCCCUUGAUUAUGAAAGGAAGCGGUGCACGGAAUCGUUUUGUUACUCAACUUGUAACACCGACUUCUGCAACAUCGCCGGUGCAAUGACCUCUGGGCGGAUGGUGACAUCGGCGGCAGUCAUGGUGGUCACUACUUCGAUCGCACUCUAUUAGCUGUUCGAAAGUUGAAUAUCUUAAAUGGCUUGCAAUUUUGGCCACUGAAUUUCGCAAUAGCUUGAAGUGUGGUACAUUACAAAUCCGUUUAAAAUUUAGACUUUGAGACGUUGGUGGCAGCAGACAUACCGGUCUAUCUCGUGCUCAGAAUCACCCAUGCUCAGAGCAACGCACGCGCGUUCAGAACUCCUAAAUACACAUAGGUAUCAUAAUAGAAAUGUAUAGAGUACCGAAGUGUGACGUCAGUGUGAACCAGAAAGUGCAGUGCAAACGAAUAGAGCGCGCGCGCGUUGGUUCACGCGCUAGUUCUCGCGCUCAUGCCUUCCACACACUAAUUGUGCGCGUGACGUAUUCAAUUCGGAUCUUCUAUUCCUUUAAUUUAAAUUACACAAACCUGGCCACAGAACAGGGCGACAUGUUCUAUUAUGCUGUCAGAUUAUGCAGGCGUUACGCGCUCACGCGGUUCUGUUCAUAGUCUUCUACGCUCACGAACCUUUUUUUUAAAAUUUUUCUGACGUCCUCAAUACGGGUGAUUUACAAUAGUGAGCCUCCAAGAGGUUGAAACGCGUUGGCCAAUCACGACGCACGAACUCUGUCGACCCAAUGCGCGGUUUGAAAAGGUGGACACACUUUGCGCGUUGUGAUUGGCCAACGCGUUUCAAACUCUUGGAGGCGCACUAUUGUGACUCGCUCGUAUUCAAAUGCACAUCACGUCUCCCCGUAUAUAUCUCUUGAGUACAGAAGUGAAUACGUCACACGCAGAGUUAUGUCUGUAAAAGGCAUUAGCGCGUGAAUCAACACGUGCGCGUAACCCCAAUCGCUUACAAUGCGCUUUCUGACUCAAAGUGACGUCACACGGUACUGGUGCGCCUCACUAAUGCACUUGUGCGCGUUUCACACACGCAUAGGGUUCCGCGAGGUUCCAAGCUGUUCGUGCGUUAUCAGACAUUUUUACUUGGCCAGUGUCAAGUAAAAAAAAUAUAAAACGACCAGCAUGUUUGUUGCCACCAAGCGUCUCCCAAAGUCUCCCAUUAAGUUUGCCCUGAAGCCAAUGAGGUUUUGAAAACUAUCCGUUGAGAAGACUAACUCUUCAUAUCCGUGGUAUCAAAAGAAGCAAAACUGCAUGGAGCCCGUGAUCUUCAAGAUUUAGGGCCGAAUCAAAGCCGAAGCCCUGUUUUUCAGAAAUACUCGGAAAAGUGUCAGUCAGAGACAUUAUUUUGUUGUAAAAGUACUGGAAACAAAGUUGUCGGUGUUUUGUCCUAUUUCGGUUUUUUUCUCUGUAUUAUGAAGUGGAGUUACUUCUGAAGCAAGCAUUUACAAAAAUUCUACGUGGAAUAUGCGUCAAUGUAUACAAUUUGAUAAUCAAAAAGUCCUGUUUAGUAUUGUUUGAAAAUAUUUUAGAAGGAAUUAAAACAGCAUUUUCCUGAUAA